CAGCCCUAAACUCAUUAUCGUCUUCAUAUAAACGCCUCCUUAAAGCAUCGGUUUUGGACCAGUUGGAUUACGGAUUGUGGGAAUAUACCACUGCGAAACCCUCAAAACUCUUCUCCACGUAUUGUUCCGCACAAGCGUUGCAAGAUGGCCCCUCAUGAAGGACUCGUUCACAUGAAGGAGUAUGACUGGAGGGAUAGCAACGUGGAGCUCAUCGGAUCAGACAUCGACCACCAAGUCAAGUACAAAUCCGCCACCACCGAGCCCGCCUGGAACGACGGCCAAGUGGGCGAAGCUGCCGGCCUCUACAUCUGGCGCAUUGAGAACUUCGAGGUCGUUCCCUUGCCCAAGGAGAUAUAUGGACAGUUCCGCUCAGGCGACUCCUACAUUGUGUUGCACUCCUUCAAAGCCGGCACCAAGGAUGGGCAGGAACAGCUUCUCCACGACAUUUUCUUUUGGCUCGGCAGCAAGACGACACAGGACGAGGCCGGCACUGCGGCCUACAAAACGGUCGAGCUGGAUGAGUUCCUGCACGGGGUCGCGACGCAGCAUCGCGAAUUGCAGCAUGAACCCUCUGAGGACUUCGUGGCGCUGUUCCCGCGCAUUUCUAUCCUGUCUGGGGGUGUGAGGUCGGGAUUCACGCAUGUUGACGUGGAUGAGAAGCCGGAAGAGCAUGUCAUGCUGCUUAGAAUCUUCAAGCACCCUUCUGCUGGAAGGGCGGACUCCAUCAUGGUACAUGAGGUCGAGCCGACGUGGCAGUCCCUCGACGACGGGGACGUUUUCGUCCUUGAGAAGGGCGAUAAGAUUUGGCAGUGGCAGGGGAAGAAUUGCAGUCCCAUGGAGAAGGCCAAGGCGGCACAGGUCGUUCAUGAUAUGACGCUUGCUAAGCAUGUCGAUGUGGAGGUGGUGUCACAGACGGAGUCAAGAUCGCGCGCACUCGUCAAUUUGCUAGGCGGACAGGAUGCCGAACAGACCAGCUUCGAAGCGCCUCGGCCCGUCGGCUCUUCGCGCAAAGCGGACGGCCAGUCAAGACCUCGCAGGUUGUACCGACUCUCGGACGCAUCAGGGCAGAUGACCUUUGACAUCGUCAAGGAUGGAGAGCCAACGAGCAAGUCAGACCUCAGGGGUGAAGAUGUGUUCUUGCUCGACACGGGUAGCGACAUCUGGGUCUGGGUGGGCUUGAACGCAAGCAAGGCUGAGAAGUCAACUUGGAUCAAGGUGGCCCAGAUGUACAUUCGCCAGUACGCCGAGGCACCCAACAGCGCAGAAGCGUUUGCUGCGCCGGUGUCGAAGGUGGUUCAGGGUCAUGAAAGUCCGGCUUUCCUCAGGGCUCUUGAGGUGUAGACAUACUACUUUGGUACAGGGAAAUCAUGCAUGUGAUGAGGUCUUUGUCAACUGGCCAUUAUUUUUAUGUACUUAUUCUAAUAAGUGACUGAUUUGUAUCUGCAUAGUCGUCCUAGUCCCUCAUCUAUUUAUACGACAUAAUGGACCGGUGGACCAUUCUAGAUUGCCGCGGGAUCAUCAUUUGCUACUUCAGCCCUAGGUCCCAGCAUGCAAAGAACGAGUGGUAUGCAAUAGGCC